AUGUCUACGACUGGCCUCCUUCCGUACCAAAAUGCCAUUCUCUCCGUCACAUAUAGCCAAGAUUCGUCAGAUUUGGUAAUUAUGGCCCGUGGUUUGGGCAUGCGUAAGAUUAUCUGCACUUUGUUGCAAACCUGGGCAAGCCCAUCGUGUCUCGUCUUGCUUGUCGGCGCUACAUCUGCAGAGGAAGCGGGUUUGGGUGAAGAGCUGAGCGUCAUGGGGUACCGCGACCCAGGACUGCGCUUGGUCACGUUUGAAAUGGAUCGAGCAGAGAGGCGAAACUUGUAUCGUCAGGGCGGUCUCAUUUCCGUCACCUCUCGCAUCCUAGUCGUCGACAUGCUCUUGGAGGAUAUUCCCAUUGAUUUUAUUGGUGGAAUGGUGGUACUCCACGCAGAAAAAGUUUCGCCACAAUCGACAGAGGCCUUUAUCAUUCGUUUAUACCGACAGAAGAACAGCAAAGGAUUUAUCAAAGCUUUCACGGAUGAGCCAGAAAACCUCACUGUAGGCUUUUCACCACUCAAGGAUGUGAUGAAGGAGUUGCAGCUCCGUAAUGUGCACAUCUUUCCGAGAUUUCAUGAAGACGUGAAACGAUCCCUCACAAGACGAAAAGCAGACGUCAUCCAACUUGCCGUCCCUAUGACACCGAACAUGAAGGACAUUCAUGGGGCAAUCAUUCAAUGCAUUGUAGCCACGCUCUCAGACCUAAAACGCAGUAAUACAGAACUCAACCUCGACGACUUGGAUGUCCAAAGUGCCUACUUCCGCAACUUUGACCUGAUCGCUCGAAAGCAACUCAAUUCUGUCUGGCAUAGAGUUGGUUUCAGAACGAAGCAGCUCGUGGGCGAUCUUGCCACCCUUCGACGAUUACUGAUCUAUCUUCUGUCUUAUGACCCCAUCUCUUUUCAAACAUAUAUAGAAACUAUAAUCGCAUCCAACUCUACGACGGCAUCUGGUCGACCCUAUCAUGAUCGAAGUGCAUGGCUUUCGUCUGAUCCAGCGCACAUUAUCUUUCAAGCUGCCCGUCGACGUUGCUUUGUCUCGACAAAAGCCAAAACACCGAAUCAGCCUAGUCGUGACGAUGCUUGGGAUGUUUUGGACGAAGUUGAUGGCACCAUCGGCGCCCCGGUGCGUCCUAAAUGGCUUCCCGACAAUAUAGAGCCUGUGCUGGAGGAGCUUCCUAAGUGGGAGUAUCUAUCAGAGAUUCUUACUGAAAUCGAGGAUCUAUCGAUGAGACACCCAAUACCUCAAGAGAAUCCUGGAUCAAAUGCCGUACUGAUCAUGUGCUCUUCGGAGCGCACAUGCACCGAAAUCAGAGAAUACCUCUCAACGAUAAACCCACUGGCCGAGCCAGGCACGAAAGGUCGAAAGUUUAUGGAAACGCGACUCCGCUCGUACUUAUAUUGGAAGGGUCGACUCGGUGGCUCAGGUCAGAAAGCUGGAAAUGAUGGAUCGGAGGCAGUCCAAAAAGAACCAGCUGCGGGUCAAGAUGAUGGUAUUAGCGAAGCUCUGAAGAGGAAGAAUGCUCGAAUGAAAGAGCGACAAGCCAGUAGACGUCGAGUUCGUGGUGGCCCCGCAAACAUGGUUGUGGAAGGGCGAACGCCGACUGAGCGUGCCAUUGAUCCAAAUGCACGUAGCGGUGCCAUGGGUGGAGAGGGUGUUGUCAAAGAAGCCGAUGAGCUGGCCCUAUUUUUUGAUGGACAAGACGAGACUACAAAUACGGUAUUUGUACCAGAUGUGGGGCAGCUCACGCAAAUGGCACUUGAAGCGGACGAUUUUGACGAGCACUAUGGACUUGUUCAACCAGAACAAUUGAUCAUUGUGCGUUCGUACUCGGACGAUACAGAUGACAGGGUCCUUUCAGACUUGAUGCCACGCUUUAUCAUUCUCUUCGAGCCCAACCUGCAGUUCGUCCGACGCAUCGAGGUCUACAAGGCAUCUAAUCCAGGUCUGACGGUGCGCGUAUAUAUCCAAGUGUGGGACACCAGUGCGGAGGAAGAGAUGUACCUUGCAGAGAUGAGGAGGGAGAAGGAAGCGUUUGAGCAUCUCAUUCGGGAACGGGCUAGCAUGGUCCUGGUGAUCCAAGAAAGGCCGAGUGAUGCACAAGCACGGACGAACUCUAUGAUUCGAACAAUCAGCACCCGAAAUGCGGGGGGCAAAACUCUUGAAACCGGACGUCCUCUGGUUGUUGUGGAUAUGAGAGAAUUCCGAUCCUCCUUGCCGGGACUGUUACAUGUCGGGGGGCUAGACAUUCACCCAAUCACUCUGACAGUUGGCGACUAUGUAUUGACCCCAGAUAUGGUCGUUGAGAGGAAGAGUAUACCCGAUCUUAUUGCCAGCUUUAAUAGUGGUCGAUUAUACACACAAUGCGAGAUGAUGUCGACUCACUAUAAAGAGCCACUAUUGUUGAUAGAAUUCGAGCAAGACAAGUCGUUUGCCUUUCAGACCCUUAUGAAUGCCAAAAGUGGAGCCCAGUCUACUGGGAAGUACAAUUCGAAGAAGCCAGGUACUGGAGUCCCAGAUGCCGAUCAGAUGGAGGGCGCGAACAUACAAUCGAAGCUGGUGCUGCUCACGUUGACCUUUCCCCGCCUUCGAAUAAUCUGGUCCUCGUCACCGUACGCCACUGCAGAAAUAUUUGCCGACCUAAAGAACAACAAUAAAGAACCCGACCCGAAGAGAGCCGCAAGCAUUGGUGCAGAGGAAGAAGGACUAGACUCUGCGGGUGUCAACGUUGCUGCUGAGGAGCUCUUAAGAGCACUUCCAGGUAUCACGGCGAGAAACAGCACACUACAACAUCCUGAUGAAAGACAAUUGUCUCGUGGUAUCAAUGCAACUGAUGUUCCUGCGAGGCUACGUGCUCUGGGAGAUGCACUGGUUCAUGAAGCCGCUAUUCCAGAGUAUGAAGGAGGCACAGGUCCAUGCAUGGAAUACCUUCUCAAAAACGAUGUUCUAGGGACGUUGGUUCGUCUCAGUGAACCAGACCGGCCUGCCGGAGUCCUUGCAGAGGUUCUGCGAACCGUAUCGAAUAUGGUUGUCCUGCUGGACGAGCAAUUCUUGAUCCAUUCGGCUGUCCACAAAGCAAUCAUACGUCUCCUUCGAGCGUGUACUGGUGACGAAUUCCAAGACAAAGUUGAUGGCAAGAAUCGAGUGGUUGGUGCAGCCGCAGAGGUCUUGCGAGCACCCCCUUCCGACUAUGAGUUGGAUCUGGUAGAUCUUUUAUGCGUGCUUUGUAGCCGUAUUCGCACCUACCGGCAAUUGCUGUUGAUCUUCUUCCACGACAAGAAUUGGUUUCCAUCCAACCUUACAACUCAGGAUGAGGAGAACAAAGACUUGGAUGAGGAUGAAGAAGAGGAAGAAGAUGCCUCUCCGUCGCCAGUCGACUCCAAUUCUACAAUCACCUCCGUGCCUUCACCAAAGAAACCGGAAUACGAAUUUCUUCUCUUCAACUACCUUCUUCGCUAUGUUCAUCGAGAAGGCCGUAUCGGCGACUUUGCUAGAGCGGGAGUACUCUUUCUAAUGGAUGUCGCUAUGGGUGCCCCAUCGGGAGACUCAAGGCAGCUGCAGGAAGUGGAUGAAGGUGACCAGCGUAGAUCUGUCGCCGAUCCUAUUGGAGAUGCUUCAUUAGCUCUCGCAGACGGGCUUGGUGGCCGUGUAUUCUCUACUGCCAUCAAAGCUGGAAGUGAGGAGGACGGUACCUCUGAUGAAAACGGAGGAGGUAUGUCGCUUGGAGCAAGGCUCGAAGAGACACGACUGGAGAAAGAUGAAGAGCUGGAAAAGGCAAGAACCUUCGGCCUGGAGUCGUCUGCGGAUCCGACGUUCCAAUCUCGACUGGAUCAUUUCCUAAAGAUCAUCGAAUUUCUUCAAGACGUCUUUCGACGGACAGUCCAACAAACUGCAGAUAGACUGGAGGCUUGUGCUUUGGUUGGCGCCGCUAUAUCCACUUCGAUCCUCCAGUCCAUCAAGUCCAUAUUCCUGGAGAAUGUCCUCUAUCCAUCGAUUUUGGAGUCUUCGGAUACAGACGGAAGCGCUGUCGCCGUCGUGUCGUACAUCGACAUGAUGUUGAAGACACUGCCGGAUGGUCCCUUUGCGGAGCUUCUAAUCGAUUUCUUAAUGAACGAGGAUGAGUCUGAGGCACCCAAACCUUCUCCUCGCGUACCACCAAGUCGCAACCCUCGGGAAGCCAAAUUGAGGAAACGGAAGAGUAGUGCGAUGAUGCUCCUUGAGCUCGACGCGCCAAAGGAUAGGAGACAGUCAACAUACUUUGCCUCACUGGGUCGUUUCACGCUGAAAGAUCUCGUCUUCUCCAACUUGAGGUCACAAGCAGACGCGUCUUCUGCGGCCGUGCUACAGCUGCUACAAACUCUCCUUCAGCGCCAUCCUCGUCUUACGACAGAUCGUCUCCUCUCAACCUUCGGUCCAGUAGAAGUAGUCAGAGGCGACGAACUGCCACCCUCGCCUCAGUCGGACGAAGAGACAUUUACGUAUCCGGGCUCAGGUACGGCCAAUGAUACUACUCGUAUCAUUAUGCGGACAGAGACCACACUUUUCGCACAUGAGCGCGAGCUAGGCCUUUAUCUUAACCUCGUCUCGAGAGUAGAUCCGACGUACGAUGGUGAUGACUUCAGCACUGGAUACGACAAUUACCUUCGAGAUGCUCUUGAAGCGAUUCAGAUGCAGCAGGAGUUGAUUACUCCGCAUGAUGGGACUACCUCAAUGCUGAAGUAUCGCCUGAACGCCGACGACACGCUUCUCAGCCUACUGCUUCAAUCUCUGAGAACUUUCUUUGCGCAUUCAGUGGAGUACAACGUUGCAUUGACGGGCACUUUGGCGGCAAUAGCCUCGUGCCCAACACGCUCGUUGGCUGGAUGGAUGACAUUUGCUCCUCCACCACAAGAAAAAGAUAUCAAGGAAGAAAUAGACUCACUGGAUCUUCAAGACGAUGGAGACGACCGCUCUAUCGACCUCAGGUUUGAGCAAGGAACGCUCACCAUCUCACAGGACCUUAGUAUCUACGACGCCAAAUCACCGAUACUACAUGAUAUCCUACGAAGCCUUGUCCUGCAAAUCGACAGAUAUCGACAUAAAGUCGACGGGUUCGAUGAUUAUCUCAAGGAGCGGCGACAAGGUCUCAUGUUCUCCGAGAAUCUUACCGAUGCGCUCAACCUGUCUAUCGAACUCGAUGCGGACAGCUCGUUCUUUUCUACCAUCAGAAAUACGCUCUCGACUCCCAGCAAGCAAUUGCCCGAUACCGGAACAGCGACGCCACCUCAAUCUCGCAGCUUUACCUCACUUAUCCCCUCAUUCUUUACGCCCAAGAAAGAAAGGCCUUCUCCACUCGCGGCAUCGCAUUCAUCGCCGGCAAUGGACCGCUCAGCCUCGGACAAGGACAAGGAGAUCAAAUUAGCAGCCAGUCCAUUUGGUCAACACUAUAAGAAGACAUGUAGUAUAUCUGUUCAACCCUUGUUGGUUGAGAACUCUCCAGAAGGAUCGAUUCCUCAGGAAUCGGAGGAGAAUGAGGAAGGUGGCGAGGCAGAAGACGUGUUCUCACCGCAGUGGAAUGCAAGGCGGAGACAAACAGCUGUGCAGAGGAUCACACUCUCACAAUUGUUGGAUAAUGUUGUGAUCAUGGAGGAGUUUAUGAAGGAGUUAUCUGCAAUCAUCCAAAUGCGACGAAGCAUUGGCAUUGAUUCGGUUCGCUAUGUAUAA